CCGGUGGUGAAUGCAACUGGGAGAAAUUCAACUGCGUGAUCUGCAGCAGACAGGCGGAGGCGGCGGGACCUGCUCUUUACUGGGAUUACACAACACAUUUUACACCCAGACGGACAAAUAGCGACUGGAGGACAGAAAACACGUGGGCCGACUAGUGUGAAGAUAUCCGGUUUCUACGUCGCACGGAAAGCCAAUAACUCUAGACUGUCUCCGCUAUGGUGAACCGAGUCAGCUAUAACCGGGACAAAAGAAGGCAGCCUUGAUGUGGGCAGUAUGAGUAAGACGCCCCCUAACAGAAGAGGGAUAUCUUUUGAGGUGGGAGCUCAGCUUGAGGCCAGAGACAGCCUCAAAAACUGGUAUGCUGCCAACAUAGAGAAGAUUGACUACGAAGGUGAGAAAGUACUAAUCCAUUAUCGCCAGUGGAGCCACCGCUACGACGAAUGGUUUGAGUGGACAAGUCCCUAUUUGAGACCCGUGGAGAGGGUUCAGCUGAGGCGGCAAGGCCUGCAGGAUGACGCUCCUCUACCGAGCUUUCAUGUGAAUGAUAAGGUCCUCGCCAGCUGGUCCGACUGCCGUUUCUACCCUGCUAAGGUCAUUUCCGUCAAUAAAGAUGCAUCCUACACUGUGAAGUUCUACGAUGGCGUUAUCCAGACAGUGAAGGGGAUCCACGUGAAGCCAUUUAUUAAAGAGAGAGGUGGUGUUGGUGGGGGGAAGUCCAGGUCUACUGACAGGAACAUGGUCAGGAGGGCCCCGACUCGCAGAGACAGGAGGCCUCAGGAGAACGGAGGUCCCAAGAACAAGCGAGCCAGACGCAGCACCUCUGACCAGGAGGAGGAAAGCAACAGUGAGGACGAGGAGCGAGAGGAAGCAAUGGUGAACGAUAAGAACAAAAAAACAAAUGGUGAGGUAGAGGCUGCACCCACCAUCAAACAGGAAGAGGAAAAAUCAGAACAAGGAGACCAGAACAAGCCCAGGGAGGCAGAAAAGGGGUCAGGACUCACGAACGGGGUGAAGGUGGAAGAAGACGACAAGCAAAAUGAGGAAGGGUGUCACAUAAAUGGAGAGGUGAAGAAGGAAAAGGAAACAGAACAGAGUGGAACAAAGCCAUAUAUAGCGUCGCCCAAGCCAUACACAGAGUUUACCACUCAGACGCAGAUGGAGCAGGUGCCUGUCUCUAUGACGACCACUGAAUCCAAUGGAGAUGUGGAGCAGAAGCCAAACGUCCAAUCAGAAAGCUCUCAGCCUGCAGCGGAUGUGCUGCCACCCCAGCCUGUGAAACCGGUAAGGAAGCAGGGUUUCCACAACCCCAACAGAUUCAGCAGAGAACCAUUGUACCGAGUUAUUAAAAACCAACCUCCACCCGUCCUCUCCAUCAACCUUGACCACAACCCAUUUAAGUGCAGCGCUCCCGGCUGCACAAAGUCAUUCCGUAAGGCGAAGCUGUUGCACUACCAUAUGAAAUAUUAUCAUGGUGAGGAGCAGCCUCCGGAGGGGGAGCGCAGCCCCACCCGGAGCGUCCAGACCAGGGCCUCUGAGAAACAGGCUACUGCCACCGGUUUUGACGGCCCGAAGAGAAGGCGCACCAUCUCUGCCUCUAUGCACUCUGUUGGGCCUCCUGCAGCUCCCCGUGGUGAGGUGAAGACUGCAGGCAGGCGCACAUCAGCCCCACCUGCUGUCAACACCCAGAGCCAUCAGCACCGGGCGCUGCUGAGGGAGAAGAGCAAGGAGAACCAGCUGGACAGGAACGGAUGCCAGCAGCAGGACAGGGAUUCAGACAAGAGUGGCUUUGACAUAGGGUCAGUAAAAGACAAACUGAAAGAGAAACCAAAACAGAAGGACUUCCUCCGCAUUAAACUAAAGAAGAAGAAGAAGAAAAAAAAGGCCAAGUCUGACUACACAGGUAGUGAGGAGAAUAUUGACAUCUCAGUAUUGGGUCUUCAGUCCAAAUUGAAUUUGCCACACAAAUUCCCCCCCUCACACAAUCACAAGCCUGAGGCCUACCCCAGCAGGCCUGGAUACAGCUACUCACAGCAGAUACUUGUGGAUGAUGAUGAUAGCCUUAGUGACUGGUCCACUGACAGCUGUGGGUGGAGCGAUGACGACUAUGGGGUGGAUUUGGACGUCACCACGCCUCCCCUGAGUGUGGACUCUGGUGCUGUGGACACGAGUGACCAAGAGAUCGUGCGAUGUAUCUGUGAGGUGGAAGAAGAGAAUGACUUCAUGAUUCAGUGUGAAGAUUGUUUAUGCUGGCAGCAUGGCACCUGCAUGGGCCUGCUAGAAGACAAUGUUCCAGACAGAUACACCUGCUACAUCUGCAGAGACCCGCCAGGUCAGCGGCAGAGUCUGCGCUACUGGUACGAUCGUGAGUGGUUGAGUAAUGGUCACAUGUAUGGCUUGUCCUUCCUGGAGGAGAACUACUCUCACCAAAACGCCAAAAAGAUCACCACCACUCACCAGCUGCUGGGAGAUGUGCACCAUGUGGUAGAGAUCCUCAAUGGACUGCAGCUUAAGAUGAGCGUCCUGCAGAGCAAUACUCACCCCGACUUGCAGCUGUGGCGGCAGCCCUGGAAGCAUUUGGAGAGGUCACAGACCGCCUCUGACUCGUGCCGUGGCAGUGAUGCAGCUCCAUCUCCUGUGACUCCAGAUGAGGACAUGAGCCGAGGUGAAAUUUUAAUGUCCAAUGCGCUGGAAAAGUUGAGCCGAGCUGCCACAGCUGCCACCUCCUCUUCGUCCUGCUCCUCCUCCCCCUUCCCAUCCUUCCAGGACUCUUACAUUACCAGUGAACAUUGCUACCAGAAACCGCGGGCGUAUUACCCAGCGGUGGAGCAGAGGCUGGUGGUCGAGACCCGACAGGGCUCAGAGCUGGAAGACAGCAUGAGAAGCACAGAGGAACUGUUGGAGCGGGAGCAGCGUUAUGGGAGCCUGCUGGAGACAGACAAGCCCAAAUCAACAGGCACCAGUAACAAGGCUUCAAUGGGUGGCUCUUGGUCCCAGGCUGAGACAAGGGACGAGGGUGGAAGAGAUCCUGGAGAGGCUGCAGAUAACAGCAGGCAGCAUCAACAGAGGCAGAUCAACCUGCUGGAUCACAUCGAUGCGGUCCAGGAUGAGGUCUCACACAGGAUGGACUUCAUUGAAAGAGAGCUGGACGUAUUAGAGAGCUGGCUGGACUACACCGGAGAGCUAGAGCCUCCUGAUCCUCUGGCCCGUCUCCCUCAGCUCAAACACCGCAUGAAACGGCUGCUGACACAGCUGGGCAAAGUGCAGCAGAUAGCCCUGUACAGCUCCACAUGAGGGCGCCAGAGAGCAGCAGCGGCUUCAGUCCCCACACAGCAUCCAGAAACGGUGCAGCGGAGGAAGCUCCCCGGUCUCUGGCUGACAAGAUAACGAUAUAAAUGCAAGUGCAAGACUUAGGUGGUUCAGCACGUUCUCUCUGACCUGUCUUCUGCAGUUGUUUCUCCUUUUUAAAAAGGUUCUGUGUGGUGAAAUCCGAUGCUACAGUCAGCCUGUGUCAUAUAUCAAUAUUUAUAUGAACAUGUAUGGAGAGUGAGCAUCUUAAAAAUCAGGAUUAAACACAAAGAGUAACCUCGUAAAUGCAGGAGAAAAUCCUUAGGACCAGAUUACACUUCUGUGGUUCCCAUGCAACUCUAAACCUAAUGAAUGCCUUUUGUCUGAGCUACUGCUUAAGGUUGCCCUGUCUCUCUCAGUACACAGUGCUUUACAUGCAGAAGCUUUAUAUUCGAAAUUGCAAUCGAGUACGUGAACCUACACGGCCUCUUUGCAAUGUUUUCAUAUGGUCUCUGUUUUUGCAUCAACAUCCCAAAGCUCAGUUCUGGUCACGUGUCAUGUCAAACUGCAUUAAAACUCUUGCUGUAAGUGUGGACAGACAUUAACUUGAAGACAUCCAGUAUGUAAGGACACUGUUCAGACAGUCUCUAAAUAAUUUGUUCUGUUUUUGAUCUCCUCAAGGGUUUGUUUUAUCCUACACUGUGAAGUUAUUUUUGUCUGGAAUCAAAGGCAUCUUAUUUUCAGUUUUAGAGACAUUAACAAGUGUGAUUUGUGUUUUGUCUUCUUUUCUAACAGUCGUCUCAUCCGUGUUCCAGUUUUAUCAGUUAUCCUUUAUGUGUUUGUCAGUUAUCUCUUACUUCAAUUUACUCUUUGCAUCGUUGUUGGUGUUGCACUUGACCCAUGAUUCACUGAAAACUGUAAUGUGGACUUGUCUUUUCCUAACUUAGCAUCUUGUACUUCUUCAGUGACAAAAACUACUUAGAAGACUUGUAAAUUUCUUUUUUUUUUCUGUUGUUUCAUCUGUUUAUUUACAGUAUUUGGCUUGUUUGUAAAUAUGUUGUCCAAAAAUGUUCUCUUCUUUAUUGAAAACAUUCUCCGGAGUUCAUAUAUUGUAUGCUACUGUACUGUAAGUGUCUUGCUUAGAAGCAGGGAAAUGUCAAAAACAAUGCAAACCGAUCUGCUGGUACAUAAAUAAACUAUCAUUGUUAUUAAUCA